AACACCACGAAGAGACACGAGCUAAAGAGCGUCGCGUCGCGGCCGGGAUACUACAACAGCCGACACCUCCAAGUCCAAACGUUGUGCCUUCCCAAGACACUGCUGGACGUGUAUCCAUCGGUGACGUGUCAACCUCAGAGACGAGCCAAGUGCAAGCAACCAUGAGCACUGCCGCGUAUCAGACGCCCGACUCAAAGAAAGAGGAGUUCAGGAAGUACCUAGAGAAAAGCGGCGUCGUAGAUGCGCUGACUAAAGUACUAGUGGGUCUCUACGAGGAGGCAGACAAGCCGCCGAACGCCGUGGACUACGUCAAGCGCUUCAUGGGCGCCCCAACAGGUAUCGACGUCGACGCACUGCGGGCUGAGAACGAGGAGCUCAAGAAGAAGAAUGCAGAGCUCAUCAAGACCAUCGAGGAGCUCAAUAAACGCCUCACGACGGAGGAGGAAGAGGAGGAAGCCUAACUACUACACGCUCAAAAUCGAGGUCGCUGCGUCGCUAGUGGCUGUAUCUAUUGCUCCAUGAUCACUUCAAUAUCACUCUCCAUUGCACUGUGUAUCCAUUGCCGUAGACUUAAGUGCACUGCGCCAGGAGCUCCGUGAUGUUGUCCUGCACCGA